AUGAUUUUUAAUCAACGGUUGUUACGCCCAGUUUUCCCCGACUUUGAUGACGAUGCCACGGGUGAUGAGAUUACCCUUUUGGCUACUGUUCCUCCGGAGUCGGCUAAAGCAACUGCUACUGCUUCUGUCAAUCAUUCACGGGAUGUACUGACCNAAAUUGAGCAUCCCAAUUUGAUGCAAACCCAACCGGUAACCGUGAAUCCGUCACCCGUCCCACCACCUCGUCCAUUUAGUGUCACUAGAACGUGUCAGACCUUGGCAUCUAGUUCUGCAACCACAGAUUCUUCAAAAUCUAAUCCUCCGGCUAAGAAGGCCAGGUCCGCUCUUUUCUCGUUCAUUGAGCACAGUGAAGAUGCAAAUGAUAUGACUGCCGAGGAUAUGGAUUUGGAAUUGCAACAAUUAACUCGACCGUAUAGCUUUGUGGCCCCGAAUCCUUCCGGUGUGACCGCCAUUACUCCUGGGCGUACGGUUCUUGUGGCUGAUUCCGAUGAAGAAAAUUGA